GGAACAUAAGUACCAAAAUUAACCGAAACGAAAAUUCAAACCCAGUCGGACUCAUCCCCUACCAGCCAGGAACCAUACACCGAAAAAAGAAGGAACCAAAGGACACAGGACAUAAUGGAGCUGUGGCAGAAGCUACGAGUGCAGUUUAAUGACUUCUUCCACGCGAACUACCCGUACAUAGCGCUCUACAGCGGACUGGGCGUGGCAGUAACAGCCUACUUGCACUACCAAUGGAGCGUGCACCACUACGACCUCAUGUACUGGAAGCGUUUGGCGGAGGUCUUCUCGCAGGACAUCGACUGCAUCCAGCUGGCUAUACUGCUCUUGAUCUUCGCGAUCAACGCCAUUUUCGUAUUCAUCAUCCUGAGCGUCUAUCUGCGCCCAGCCCUCGACAAUGGCAGUGAGAUGUCCUUGCUGGAGAUCAAGGAUCGCUAUGCCCGGUUCAUACUGCUCCGCCUGAUAGCCCGUCUCGAUCGCAUACAGUCGAAGAUCUCAGCGAAGCGUAAGAGCCUCACCUUCCAGCACUAUGUGAGGGCACACACGAACAUGGUAAAGGCGGUGGCCGUGUUCCGCAAGGAUGCACGCAAGCUAAUCCUGCCGAAUGAGAGCGAGAUCCUGAUGCCCAUCGAGGACAUCUACGGGGUGGCUGAUGACGAAGAACGACUGCUUCGGCGAUCGGGCUACUACAAGCUGAUCAUCGACACCACCGACGAGACGGUCAAGUCUCUGUUCAACGCCAAGCUGGAGGAGAUCCUGUUCCCAACCAGCUAGACGACUCGGCGGUUCCGAUUGAAACUUUGAGUAAACUGCAGUCCAACACUAAUUGCCUUUAUCUACUCUGCCAGAGCCGCAGCUCCGAGGGCCCCUUCUUAAAGCCGUUUUAUUGUUUCAAUUGUUUGGCUUGGCAGCUUUUUAUGGCCGCAUUGUGCGCCGGGCCAACAAUAACAGGCCAGUCGGAGACUGUCAGCCGUCCCCAACCCCCAAUAACAAUAAUGGCAAAAGAAACAGCAGCAGAAACAGCAGCAGAAACAGAAGCAGAAGCAGUUGCAGAACCAGACCAGAACUAGAAACAAAACUCCAACGAGGAACAGAGACUAAACUAAAAUGCCAGCCCAUGUCUGCACAGCUCAAAACAAUAUCUAAUGUUGUCUACGGCAAAAUAUUUUGCAAAGCGUCUUUUUGUUUUGCCCGAUUUCUGUGUCCUUCAGGCCUUUGUGUGUCGACUUUUCUUUAAAAUUAGCUAAAAGGUUGUGUAAAUUUAACUGAAAGUGGGAUAGCAGUGAAAGAAAAGCGUUGCAGGGGAUAAAGGAUUCUUGGAAUGCAUCGUGGGUACGAAAAGCAACAAGGGCGACUAGGAAAUAUAAAUAAAUUUUCUUAUGGGAUGAUAUCUAACUAAAUUACAUUUUCGGAUGGCAUGAAGUGGACUAGAGUCCGCAGUCAUUAGUGAUUUAAUCUAGAAAAAGAGGGGAAGAACCUUUUAGGAGGAGCGUCAAAUUAGCAUCAAUAAAAUUGGGCAAUAAUAAAUUAAAUUCAUAAAUUCAAACACUCAACAAAAUUAUAU